GAGGACCUGCUAUGUAUGUAGGGAGAAAUGCUGUCAGCUGCCUCCUCCCACCCCCAUCAGCACAGUCCAUAGAUGCAGUACUAAAAGCUUCUGUUCAUUCCCCUACAUUCCUCCUCCUCCUCUUCUUCUACAUCAGCCUCAGUGUCAGCAGCAGCAGCCGAGCAGGGAGAACUAUCUGCUGCUAGUACAGAACCCAGACAAAGCUGAACACAGGAAAAACAUCACACAUAUCAUUAUUCGAACUGCUGCAGACAAUAAGCUCCGCUUUAUAUACUGAUUAGCUCUUAUUGCAAUGCCUAGAAGUUGGGCUGGGGAUAUCCCUUUUCUCAUCUUCUGAGUUCUUCUUCACCUUAUGGAUUCUACUGCUAAGAUCAGUUCCUUCCUAUCAGAACUGUGAUGUAAUAGCAACCUACGCAGGAAACACAGCUUCCUUUACAAACGGGGGAAUUAGCCUAUGUGGGGAUCCCGCUUUACGCUAUGUUUAUAAGGUAACAUUUCUGUGGAGAGUCGAGGAAGGAGGAAGGCGAUCAUCGCAUGUUGUGUUGUUAUCACCGGUGCUGAAUAAUGAGCCUCGGCUUAACCUGACAAUGCUGCCAGACUGGAGCUUGUUCUCUUUCUUCCCCAUAGUCCGUAACAAUGCUGAUCUCCCUCACUUCCAGGGAAAAACAAUUCUCCUUGGGAUCUAGGCACUAGGAGCUGUCUUCUUCUUCUUCCACUAAAGGCUUUUCUUUUCUUUUUUUUUCUCCAUCUUUUUCCACCAAAGGUUUUUCAUUUUUCUGGGAUUGUUUCUGGAAUUAUUAACCUUAGAAUAAAUCAGGAGGAAUGAACCCGCGGCUGGUCAACCUUUUGACAGCCUUCUUUGCAUUAAUCUUUGAAAACAGUAUCUUCAGGAUGGCCUACUGUAAAGAACAUGGAAAGUUACCUUCUCAAAGCAUGUCUCCCUCUGAUUUUUUGGACAAAUUAAUGGGAAGAACGUCAGGAUAUGAUGCAAGAAUCAGACCAAAUUUUAAAGGUCCUCCAGUAAACGUUACUUGCAAUAUUUUUAUAAACAGUUUUGGAUCAGUCACCGAGACCACAAUGGAUUACCGAGUGAACAUUUUUUUGCGGCAGCAGUGGAAUGACCCUAGACUGUCCUACAGCGAAUACCCAGAUGACUCCUUAGAUUUGGAUCCUUCUAUGUUAGACUCUAUUUGGAAACCAGAUUUGUUCUUUGCUAAUGAAAAGGGGGCAAACUUCCAUGAUGUCACAACAGACAACAAACUGUUGAGAAUUUUCAAAAAUGGAAAUGUCCUGUACAGCAUCAGACUAACAUUAACGUUGUCCUGUCCAAUGGACUUGAAGAACUUUCCUAUGGAUGUACAGACAUGUGCAAUGCAGUUGGAGAGCUUUGGAUACACAAUGAAUGACCUUAUAUUUGAAUGGAUGAGCAAUAGCCCAGUGCAAGUCGCUGAUGGUUUAACGUUGCCGCAGUUUAUACUAAAAGAGGAGAAUGAGCUUGGCUAUUGCACAAAACAUUACAACACAGGAAAAUUUACAUGUAUCGAAGUUAAGUUUCACCUGGAGCGCCAAAUGGGAUAUUACUUGAUACAGAUGUACAUCCCCAGCUUGCUUAUUGUCAUUUUGUCUUGGGUAUCAUUUUGGAUCAACAUGGAUGCUGCCCCUGCUAGAGUGGCUUUAGGAAUCACAACUGUCCUAACAAUGACGACACAAAGCUCUGGAUCGAGAGCGUCCCUUCCAAAGGUAUCCUAUGUGAAAGCCAUUGACAUCUGGAUGGCUGUUUGCCUUUUGUUUGUCUUUGCUGCUUUGCUGGAAUACGCAGCUGUAAAUUUUGUGUCGAGACAACACAAGGAAUUCCUGAGGCUCCGCAGGAGACAGAAAAGACAAAGCAAGGAAGACGACUUAGUCCGUGAGAGCAGAUUCAACUUCAGCGGAUAUGGAAUGGGCCAUUGCCUGCAAGUCAAGGAUGGCACAGCCGUGAAGGCAGCUCCACCUCCGUUACCCCCUCCUCCACCAAAAGAUGCAGAAUCCAUCAAAAAGAAGUUUGUUGACCGAGCAAAACGGAUUGAUACAAUAUCUCGUGCCGCCUUUCCUCUGGCAUUCCUUAUUUUUAACAUCUUUUACUGGAUAACAUACAAAAUCAUACGGCAUGAAGAUGUACACAAGAAGUAGGCCACCUAUUUAUUUCUGAGGAACUCAAUGCCAAAGUGUACAUGUACAUAGACAGUGGGAAAGCCUCUGUUAAUUUAGAGACUGGUUUUCUAUCCACCUACUGUUCUAGGAAAACAAAAACAAAAAAAGCAGGAACAAAGACUUUCAAGAAGAAAAGAAAAACAUAUUUAUUCUGAGGGAGUGACAUGAUUCUUUUUCUGAACAUUGUCCUAAGUUUACUUUUCCAGAAUUUAUAUAAUAAAAACUCUCAGGCUUAUUAAAGGAUUUCUCCCAAAAUUUGAAAAUGUAUAGUUGGGUGAUGUUCAAACAAUGGGAUGUGCAAUUCUCAAGAUUGUGAAGCCUUCACUUCUGUACUACUGUGUACAGACUCCACAGAACUUGUUAAAAAACAACCCAAGGCAAGAGUACCUUUUACACUCACUUGAAAGUACACAGGGAGGGAAAUCACUGUUUCCUGUUUGAAUACAGUAUUAUAUACAUUGCUGAAAAACUGAAAGAAGAUUGAGUAAAAAAUACAUCCAGUGUUAGCAAACAAUUUUUUUAAAAGGUGAGUUUACUCAAAACAUGUUCCAUCCCCCACUGACUUCCUAAAGAAGCAAUGAAAACCUGAACUAAAACCAAAACUAAAAGCCAAACUAAAAUUUUAACUUAAAUCAGCUAAAUACAUUCCACGUAGCCAAAUGCAUUUUCGUCUGAAUUUCGGGUAUUUUCGUUAUCAUUUUAACAAACAAAAAUGAACGCGCAGAAUCCGACAUAAAAAAUGCCUUUUUUCCGUUUUCGUUGCUAUAACAGUUCGAUACAGAUAGGAGAUUCGAAGCAACGAAAAACAUACAAACGUCCAAUCUGUCAUUGAAGGCUUAUGGUAUCUGUUGAAAGUUCUAAAAAUAUUCGACA